AUGUCAUUCAAUGAUUAUCAAGAAAAACCAAAAACUGUAAAAGAGCGCAAGCUCAAUAGGAUUAUUCAUUUUCUCGAAAUUGACAAAGUAAAUGUUGUGCAAGAGGUGGAUUUAUCUCUCCUGCCGAAUUUUCCCCUCACUAGUGUAGAGCAAAUAAAUAAUUUUAAUAUACAACUGGAGAAUGUAAAUGUUCGGAAGCAAUUUAUGGACAAAAUAUCUACAUUAGGCGGAGAAUCCGUAUCAAAAGUUGUUAGAAACAUCAUGUCUCACACUAUUGGAUACGAGGUUGCGCUAGGAUACACCUGGACUGGACAAAAAAAGAAAUUAGCAAUGAAGAAGUCCAAAUUAUCUGACGCAAUAAUUGGUAUAAAAACCUCAUUUCACAUUUGUCCUGUUCGGGACAAAUAUUAA